GGCGAUUAUAGUAAAUUUGUGUGAAGAGGAAUUAGGAUAUUUGCUUUCGGGGACCUCUAGGCGCAAAGGAUAUCUUGUACGCUUCUUACGUUUGAGCACUUGCGUGCAGAGCACUGGACUAUGGAGGACACUGGCAAGUCUACAUGGAAGCGCCUGUUGUCGCUGCGGAGAUCGAAAUCAACGUCUCACGCAAGCAGACGCGGUGCCCGUGGCAGGUCGCCUGUCAAUGAAAACGCGUUUGAUCAGAAUACUGGACCGCGCAGCGCCUCUCCGUCGCGAAGCGAGUUCACGACCGCACCUCUGCCAGCGUCACCGCUUGCCUCUCUAACGUCGAGUCAAUUGACGGUUUUAGCGGCGUCUGUCUUACAUCAGCUAGAGAGCGACCCACGGCACCCGACCGAAUCCCCAGCCCCUGCGUUGGUGGCCGCGCGUGCCUUGGCUUCCCCCCACCGGCACUCGGUGGCUUUGGCGUCGAAAGCAAAUGUAAAGCUUGCGCAGCUGCCGGAGAAUCAACUACAUAGACUUGCACUGGAUGUAGAAGACGAGUGUGAACGAAGAUUUCCAGAUUUGGCAGUGUCUGCUGUCUCGGUGGUCGCGCAGAAAGACGUGGAGACGGUGCAACGCGGAAGCAGAACAUUCCUGUCAUUGUCCAGGAGAGCACAUUCAGAGUUUCGGAAUGACACAGCAGUAUGGCUCGCCGAAGGUGACUAUGAUGAAGACGAGGUGGAAAUAGUGCCAAAUACAACGAAUGGCGAAAUGAUGGCCAGCGAACCCAACUUUGAGCAACCUGACUUGGAGCCUGCGCCAACCAUUAGAAUUCCCCCUCGCCGCUUUGUUCUGCGCUCAACCAACAGGAUUGAUACCAAGGAGGGCGCGGGUGCACAGUCAGACGAAAUGUCAGAUGUGGAGACUAGUUUUGUCCGAGAAUAUGGCUCACGCGUCAUCUCUGAGAGUCAACAAUUCUUUGACAAAUUGGAUACUAGCGAAUGUUUAGAUAAUAUUCCUCGGAAGCCAGUAAGCACCAAUUCACAAACCACCCUCAUCGAGGAAGGCGUAGAGAAUCUCCCAGCGCUGCCAAACUCACAACUACCGAGAAUCGAUACAAAGAUGAAUGCAAAGACGGCGUCCAUGCGAACAAGUCCGAGUAGCCCAAAUGCACCAAAUUCUCCCAGCCUCAAACCCUUUACCGCCGCGCUCUCUAUCCUUACAACACCACAACUUCUUGCAGCCGUUCGCGACGUGAGAGGUAUCAUGGCACGAAGGCACAACCCAUACGGAGCAGCCAAAACGCAUCGACGCAAUAACUCGAAUGUUACGGUAAAAAGUUCAAAGAGUGUUGGAGAGUCUGAGCCUGCACUUUCGGAAACAUCAGAUGAUGACGACGAAAACCUUACGUACUGCGAGCAGCUCCUCCUCCGCCUACCGAUGAGCAGAAUAAGGAUCAUUUGGGCAGCGGUAGCAGAUGAAGUCCGGCGAAGAGGAUUGGAUGUGAAUGUGCAUUCCGAUUUGGAUCCGCUUACGACUGUUUAAUUUGGUGGCUGGACAUUGUUCAGGCAUAAUGCUGCUAUAGAUGGGUAGCCAAAGGUAGAAGUAGAGUUAUCUUUGUGCUAGCAUUCUUUAUAUUUGCUUUUUAGUUUAGCGUAUACCCCAGGUUCUGUAAUGUUAUCAUGUAAUAAUCGUUAAUCUUAACUAUAAUAAUCAUUAUUCUAUUGCAUUCCGUA